GGGAAGGAGCAAAGUUUCCAGUUGCAGUCUGGCCUACAGCCCAGCUGGCCUGGCCCCGCCUCUUUGGUUCCUCCUUCUAGGGAAGGGCUGGGGAGGAGGGUUUGGUGACACGGUGGAGGCACCGCCCAGGGCCAGGGGGCCUGCCCUCCGGACAGGUCCGGAUCCAUGGAGCCCCCCGGGAGGAGUAGCAGGUCCACAGCGUCUCACACUCUACACCAGUAUUGCUGUCCUACUCAGGUCCUUGACUCCAUGAAGCUUACCCCCUCAGGCAGGCUGGCAGAGAGCAGUGUGGAGGGUGAUGCCCCAGGCAGUGACCUGAGCACAGCGGUUGAUAGUCCUGGGAGCCAACCCCCCUACCGGCUGAGCCAGCUGCCCUCCAGCAGCAGCCAUAUGGGGGGUCCCCCUGCUGGGGUGGGCCUUCCCUGGGCUCAGCGGGCUCGCCUCCAGCCAGCCAGUGUGGCCUUGAGGAAGCAGGAGGAGGAGGAGAUAAAGCGCUCCAAGGCCCUGUCGGACAGCUACGAACUCUCCACGGACCUGCAGGACAAGAAGGUGGAAAUGCUGGAGAGGAAGUACGGGGGCUCCUUCUUGAGCCGUAGGGCUGCCAGGACCAUCCAGACGGCCUUCCGCCAGUACCGCAUGAACAAGAACUUUGAGCGGCUCCGCAGCUCAGCUUCGGAAAGCCGCAUGUCCAGACGGAUCAUCCUUUCCAACAUGCGGAUGCAGUUCUCCUUUGAGGAGUACGAGAAGGCCCAGAACCCCGCGUACUUCGAGGGCAAGCCUGCCUCGCUGGACGAGGGUGCCAUGGCUGGUGCCCGGAGCCACCUGCUUGAACGGGGCCUCCCAUAUGCAGGCUCCUGUGGAGGGGGCAUCGAUGGUGGGGGAAGCUCUGUCACCACAUCGGGAGAGUUUUCCAAUGACAUCACAGAGCUGGAGGACUCCUUCUCCAAACAGGUAAAGUCUCUGGCUGAAUCCAUUGAUGAGGCCCUGAACUGCCACCCAUCGGGGCCCAUGUCUGAGGAGACAGGGUCAGCCCAGCUGGAGAAGCGAGAGUCGAAGGAACAGCAAGAGGACAGCUCAGCCACAUCCUUCAGUGACCUUCCCCUCUACUUGGAUGACCCAAUUCCCCCACCAUCCCCUGAACGACUGCCCAGCGCAGAGCCCCCACCCCAGAGCCGGCCUGAGUUCUGGGCACCAGCCCCUCUCCCACCAGUUCCUCCACCAGGGCCACCAGGGACCCGGGAAGAUGGGAGCCGUGAGGAAGGCCCUCGAAGGGGACCUGGGUGCUCGGAGUGUCGGGAUUUCCGGCUGCGGGCCGCUCACCUUCCCCUGCUCACCAUUGAGCCUCCUAGUGACAGCUCUGUGGACCUGAGUGACCGCUCAGAUCGCGGCUCUGUCCACCGCCAGCUGGUGUAUGAGGCCGAUGGCUGCAGCCCCCAUGGGACCCUAAAGCACAAAGGGCCACCAGGCAGGGCCCCAAUCCUACACCGCCACUACCCAGCCCCAGAGGGCCCAGCCCCAGCCCCACCAGGGCCCCUGCCACCAGCCCCCAACAGUGGCACUGGGCCCAGUGGUGUGGCUGGGGCUCGGAGGCUGGGGAAGUGCGAGGCGGCAGGCGAGAACUCUGAUGGUGGCGAUAACGAGAGCCUUGAGAGCUCCAGCAAUUCCAAUGAGACCAUCAACUGCAGCUCUGGCUCCUCUUCGAGGGACAGCCUGAGGGAGCCUCCAGCCACCAGCCUGUGCAAGCAGACUUACCAGCGAGAGACAAGGCACAGCUGGGACUCACCAGCCUUCAACAAUGACGUGGUGCAGAGGCGGCAUUACAGAAUCGGCCUCAACCUCUUCAAUAAGAAGCCAGAGAAGGGCAUCCAGUAUCUGAUUGAGCGGGGCUUCCUGUCAGACACACCGGUGGGAGUGGCUCAUUUCAUCCUGGAACGGAAAGGCCUCAGCCGGCAGAUGAUAGGGGAAUUCCUAGGGAACCGGCAGAAGCAGUUCAACAGAGACGUAUUGGAUUGUGUGGUGGAUGAGAUGGACUUCUCCUCCAUGGAUUUGGAUGAUGCACUCCGGAAGUUCCAAUCCCAUAUCCGGGUUCAGGGCGAGGCCCAGAAAGUGGAGCGACUCAUCGAAGCCUUCAGCCAGCGGUACUGUGUGUGUAACCCAGCCCUCGUGCGCCAGUUCCGGAACCCAGACACCAUCUUCAUCCUCGCUUUUGCCAUCAUCCUCCUCAAUACUGACAUGUACAGUCCCAGCGUCAAGGCUGAACGCAAGAUGAAACUAGAUGACUUCAUCAAGAACCUGAGAGGGGUUGACAAUGGUGAAGACAUCCCUCGAGACCUCCUGGUGGGUAUCUACCAGCGAAUCCAGGGGCGUGAACUUCGGACCAAUGAUGACCAUGUGUCCCAAGUGCAGGCUGUGGAGCGCAUGAUUGUGGGCAAGAAACCAGUACUGUCUCUUCCUCACCGUCGACUGGUUUGCUGCUGCCAGCUCUAUGAGGUGCCAGAUCCAAACCGCCCCCAGAGGCUAGGGUUGCAUCAGCGGGAGGUCUUUCUCUUCAAUGAUCUCCUUGUGGUCACCAAAAUUUUCCAGAAGAAGAAGAUCUUGGUGACGUACAGCUUCCGUCAGUCUUUUCCCCUCGUGGAAAUGCACAUGCAGCUCUUCCAGAAUUCAUAUUACCAGUUUGGAAUCAAGUUGCUGUCUGCAGUACCUGGUGGGGAGCGGAAAGUCCUCAUCAUUUUCAACGCCCCCAGCCUCCAGGAUAGGCUGCGCUUUACGUCUGACCUGCGCGAGUCCAUCGCUGAGGUGCAGGAGAUGGAGAAAUACCGCGUGGAGUCGGAACUAGAGAAGCAGAAAGGUAUGAUGCGGCCUAAUGCUUCACAGCCCGGCGGGGCCAAGGACUCGGUGAAUGGCACGCUGGCCCGCAGCAGCCUGGAGGACACCUAUGGCGCAGGCGAUGGGCUCAAGCGGGGCGCACUCAGCAGUUCCCUGCGAGACCUGUCAGAUGCAGGGGUCCGUUAUUAGCAGUCCGCGCCCUCACCAGAGGAUGCCACCUCCGCCCCCACCCCCGCCGCCAGAGGAGUACAAGAGCCAGAGGCCCGUCUCCAACUCCUCAUCCUUCCUGGGCUCCCUAUUUGGAAGCAAGCGGGGCAAG